AUGGCACUGCAAACCACGGCAAGAGUGUACACAACUGCCGCUCUGAAGAAAGGCAAAGAGUACUACGACUACAACGAAUAUGCAAUAGAGUACGGCGCGAUCAGCAAAUACAAAAUAACAGAGUUUCUCGGAAGAGGCAAAUACUCGCAGGUCUUCAAAGGAGUCACUGCCCCGCCCGAAGAGAAGAGAAGCGUGGUGAUAAAAGUGCUCAGGCCCAUAAGAGAGAAGAAAAUAAACAGAGAAAUAAAAAUACUGAAAGCGCUCACAGGAGUUGAGAAUGUGAUACAGCUGCUGGAUGUGGUAAAAGAUGCAGAAACAAACACAAGAUCGCUCAUUUUUCCAUACGAAGACCACACAGAGGCAAGAAUUCUCUUCAAGAUGUUCACCAUUUCAGAUGUUAUCCACUACACAAAAGAGCUGCUCAAAACCCUAGAUCAAAUCCACUCGAUGGGGAUUUUCCACAGAGAUCUGAAGCCGCACAACAUCAUCAUAAACCACAAGACAAAAAUACUAAAAAUAAUCGACUGGGGACUGGCAGAGUACUAUCUGCCAUCAGUGGAGUAUGCUACGCGCGUGGCCAGUCUGCACUUCAAAGCGCCAGAGCUCCUCCUGGGCUUUAAGUACUAUGAUUACUCGCUGGACAUAUGGUCAGCCGGCUGCAUACUUGGAGAAAUGCUGUUUAAUCGCACUCCCCUAUUCAGCGGAACAUCGAAUGAAGACCAGCUAGAGAAAAUAGUAAGCAUAUGCGGAACCGCAGAGCUGAAGAGCUACACAAAUAAGUACGCACUUUCGUGCCCAGCAAAGCAGCUGGAGAGCAUUAACAGCAAAUGCACAGCAGAAGGAACCUGGCAGAGCCUAAAGGCCACAGAUCUGAGAGUGCCACAAGACUCAGAGGAGAAAGAGGAGCUGAUUAGCAUGCUCAAAAAGAUGCUCACAUUCGACCACCAAAAAAGACCAACUGCCAAAGAGUGUCUCAGCUACAAAGUAUUCUCCUAG